AACUGGCCGAAAUGACAUUCCGUAACGUACGUAACUUGGAUAUACGGCAUGGCGGAUUGUACGGUAUUAGGGAAUUCGGCCCUUGAGGUCUCGGGCUCUACAGAUAAUGCUUCUGGCGGUUCAGAAUCAUUUCACGCUCACAGAACGGAUGACCAUAGUCUGCUUAAGGUUUCAGAAGAUAUCUCAAGUACACAGCUUGAAGAUUCAAGGACAGUAGGAACUGCUGGCGAUCCAGUAGUUGAGAAAGUAGGAGAGACAAGGGCACUUGCCACAGAUAAUAUUCAGGAGAUUUCCACAAUGCCACAGACAAAUAAUAUGUCAGAGUCUUUAAGUGGUAAAGCAGAAGAUGAGCAAAGACUGUCAAAAAGUCCACCUCCAGAAGAACCAGUGAGUGAAGUUUCAGCCUCUGAUGUGCCGACUGAGCCAUUGCUUGCAGAGUCUAGAUUUGAAGGAUCAUCACCCGUGACUGACGCUGCGACAGUCAACGUGCAAAAAUUUGAUGUUUUGACUAAUGAAGAAUUGACGAUAACCUUGGACAAACCGUCCCCAUUAACUCAAAGGCUAGUAGUAGAAGAACAGCAAGAAGAAGCUCCUGUAGGAAGGGCCUCUGCUGUUGAGGAUCUGCAAGUUGAGUUAGCAUCCACGGUUACAAGUCUUGGAACAGGAACGACGACUGCGAAAGUUACAGAAGAGUUUCUCGCUGCUCUAUCUAACGAAGAAACCCUGGUGGUUAAAAAGCCUCCAGUCAGCAUUUCUGAAAGCAGCGACAUUAUUGCAGAAGGAUCUUCGGGGACCGUUUUUGAAACGGAAGUCUCGGGUGCCAAGGACUCCAGGGGAAUAACUGCUUCCGAAGCAAAUAAUGAAGCCGAGAAAGAGCUCCCAAGUACUCUUCCUGAUAUAGCCAUCUCAGCUUCAGGAGAACAUCUUGCAACUGUUUCUGCAGCAGACAGUUCAGUAGUUGGGGAGACUUCUAUAUCUGAAAACUUGGAUGUAGGAGAAAUGUCAGUAACUAACGUCUCCGCUGUUGAAGAGCCACAAGUAACUGUUUUUGAUGUGGACACAUCAGUGGUUGAAGAGACGUUAUCAUCUUCUAAAGAUGACGUUAUAGCUUCAGAAGAGCCCCAAGCAGUUGAAAACCUUCAAGAGACUUUCUCGGACGCGGAAAUUUUGCUUCUGAAAGAGGCAUCAUCAACUGUUUCUGAAGCUGACCUUUUAGCUGCAGAAGAACCUGAUGCAGACAUUUCUACGAGAGAAAGUGCCCGAUGCAGGUCUAUGGACUCGCCUAAAGAUGACACUGGGGAUUGUGUGGACCAGGAGGAUGCAUUAGUCCUGGCCGCAGACCAGGAGGAAACCGAAGACUUUGAAGCAGGCUUUGGGGCCAAGGCAGACAUCUUGGACAACUCUGACCAGGACUCCGUGAAUGGAAAAGAAGAACUGAAAGCGGGGGAGGAGUUGGGCCAUGAAGAGGAAAGUGACGAGGCAUUUGACGAAGAAGGGGAGGAUGACAAGGGAAGCCUCAAAGGAGAAAGGCAGCAGGGCGAUGGGCAGGAGAGCGUGGACCUUGCUGACCAAGACAAGGUUCUGGAUUUUGACGAAGAUAAGCGCAAUCCACAGUACAUCCCCAAGAAAGGUUCAUUUUACCAGCAUGACGACCGCAUGAUGGGAGAUGAGGAAGUGCCCUCCUCUCAGGAGCAGGAGAAGGAUGAAGAGGACAAGGGUGGUCGUAAGCAGAAGAAGCUGUGGCACGACGAAGGGGCCUGGGGUCACGACAUGUACCGAGAGGAGGAGCAGGCACCCAAGACUAGCGAAGAGCUGGUGGGCAUCUACGGGUACGACAUCCGCUCGGAAGAAAUGCCUCCGCGGGCACGCCGCCGCCGCCGCUACGGUCGUGGUCCCAACAAGUAUGUACGGAACUGGGAGGACGAGGAUGCCUACGCGGGCAGGCCGGCGCAGCCGCGCGGCGGAGGAGGCCGGAGAUCCCGGGGCGGUCCCCACACGGGCAGCCCUUCGUUCCGGGAAGAAGACUUCCCCGACCUGAGCAGGAAGUCCAGCGGCUCGGACGCAGGUCAGGACCAGGCGAGGGAACCCACACGCAGGGGAGGCGGCGGAGGGCUCCGGAGGGGGCGCAGCACGCCCGGGUGGAAUAGGAGGCCCCAGGAGAGCUCGCUGAGGCAGGCAGAGAACGGGGACAUGGCAGAAGAGUCGAGCAGGAGGUCGUGGCCCCCCCUCCAGAGUUCCAGGGAGCCCUCGCAUGGGCAAGGGGGCGGCGGCAAGGGCCGCUACGGGAAGGGCGGGGCACCUGCCGAAAGCCUGGAGCGAGACCCAAAGCCCAUGGCGGCGGUGGAGAGGCUAUCUUCCGAAUCCGGAGAGCACAAAGACGGAAACAGUCUAGGUGUUAAAAAGGAACAAGCAAACUCAAGUGUGCCUCCAAAAGGAAACUCUUCAGGAGGUGGAGAGGCCGCAUGCCGUCCAAAGCGCUACUCUUCAUUGCGUCAACGUCCACCCACAGAGCCUGCCCAGUAUUCUGAGCCAGCAGUGGUUGCUCAGCUGCCCAAUCCUCAGUCUUCUGGCCAGUCACGGUCAGCCCUUUUGACUCCGGCACACUUCCAGGCGGCACCUUUCCCUGCAUACAUUGCAAGUGGUCACCCAGCAGAGCCUUACCCGUGUCUUCCCCGAGAAGCAGCAGUACUUGGCAGUGGGGCGGCCUGCCUGGGCACACUGGCCCCCGGCCCUGUCCUGCCUCCGGCCCAGCGACCGCCGGUGCUGAGCCCGAGCCAGCCCCCGCCUCCGCCUGUGAUAGCAGCAGGUCAGCUGCCGGCGUCUUUCCUGCCUCCCACUGGCCUGGUGGGCUUCCCUGCCCAGUAUGCGCCCUACUCGUUCCCGGCCCAGUUCACUGCCCCACCUGCGCCAGCGCCACCUCAGGCGCCUGCCCUGACCCAGUCGCAGACCCAGAAAGCAUUCUACCAUGGGGACAUUACCUACUACAACACCCAAAGUCAGCAGCACAAGCAGAGGUCCACUCCACCUAGGAGGCCGAAAGCAGCUAUCCCCAUCGUUCCACCUCCAGGAGCACUUGGACUUGAACAGGAAGGGAUUUCUGGCAAGGAAAUGGGAAUCUCUCCUCAUGAAAGAUUGAAUGAGGAUUUGAGUGGCGGUGGAGUGCUUGUCACAGGACCUGGACACUGUGAAGGCCUGGCUGCACAACAAGCAGUCGAAUUGUAGCAAUGUCCCCUUUGUUUGUUUUUUUUAUUGUUUUUUUUUGUCUGUUGAAGUGCCACACUGCUGCCUUGCAAGCUGGCAUGCAGCAUUUUCCUGUAAUAUUUAACUUGAAGGAGUGAAACUCUGGUGGACUUUUCCGAAAUUUUAAAUUUAAUUAUUUGUGGAACAAUGGUCUCUGGGAGUUCCUGUUAUUAGAAACCUGUAGAUAGCAAUAAAGAAGCUAAUUUAAGUUCUAUCAUCCCGAAACUAGAGUGGUGAUGGUGGCGAUUGCAUGUUCUAAGGGCAACAUGCUUGUUUCGUUGCAAUCUUAGCUAUUAAAAUUUUUUUCUGCCCUGGUUAUCUUUGAAGGGCCAUUCCAGGCAGAAAAUUCUGCUGUGGUCUCAAUCUACUAACUGAGCAAAUUCAGUCAAAUCGGUGAAAUUAAAAAUGAGAAUAGUGAUAAUUUUAUCUGAUAGUCACCAUCGAAAGGUGAGAGAUUUGCUUAUUACUUUUCAGUUUUGUAUUUGACUUGUUGGCCUUGGGGCAGAGGAACCAUGUUCCAGUGCUCCUCUCCUAUGGGGAGAAAGCUGGUUGUAUCUGUGCAAAGGAGAUAAAAUGGGGGGCAAAAGUGAGUGUGUAACAAAGGGGAAAUAGCCCAUUGUUACCUGGGGUGUCACAACACACUUCAGGAAGAUGUGUAAAUUCUCUCUUUUUCCAAUUCAAUUUCAAAUAAAAUUUGUGAGAUGUUGCUUUGAAAUAUAAAAGGGCAUGUGUAGAUAUGGAAUUUGGGGUUUUAUUCAAAAUGAGAAAUGCAUAAUUUUUUUUUAGCUGGAAUGGUUCUUCAAAUUUGGAGGCUCGGAGCAAUACGGCAUUAAGAUUGAGAUUUGGAAUGCUUAAAUAAAGGCAUAACUCUGCUAAAGGUAUGAGGAUAUCUGAGAAGGUAAAGAGGCUAUUUUGUUCUUGGGUUAAACACAAAAGUGGUCUAACCUUGAUAAUACUUUGUUGGGGAAUGUGCCUUCCCAGCCGUUGCAUUUGGUGAUCAGCUCUGAUAUCUUCGUUUGUAAUUUUAGUUGCAAGCAUCUCUUGUUUUAGGAGGAAAUUUGGUUUGACCUUCACUUUCAAUCUGGGGGUAAAUUCGAACAUCCUCAGGAAUGUUAUUUAUGGUAGUAUGGAUGGUCAGCAGUGGUACUUUGUUUGAUAUACACCCCAUGUACCCUUGUUCUUAACUAAGGCAGAAACUGUGAGUGCAGUUUUCCACCUUUCUGAGGCGUUUCUGCGCAGCUUUGGUCCAGCACAGCUUUGCUCCAGCACAGCUUUGCUCCAGCACAAAGAAGAGUGAGUGGCGGCAUAUGUACAGGGUGUCUGAUUUUGAUUUGCACAGAUUUUAUAUAGAAACAGGGUGAAAGUUAGACGAGUGCCAUCUUCACCAUGCAUUUGUCAGGCUCGGUGAAUAUUAGAUAAGGGGAUAAUCGUCAUGGUAAGUUGACUAAUUAACUCUUUCCUGACCUCCCCAUUGGCCAUCGACUACCAGUGAUCUAUGGCUUCUAAGCGUCGUCAAAAAAUUAAAUUUAGUGCGGAGAAUCAUGUUCUACAAUCUCGUGGAUAGCCGAAGAACUCUAGUUUCGAUUUCAACGUAGGUUUGAGGUUUAUCACAAGCUGGUAAGUUGUCAAAAAUGGUCCUGGGAUCGGUGGUUGCACUUGUCUAACAUGACUUACUGCUUGCAUCAGUCUUUGUAACAAAAAUUGCAUUAUUUUCAUAAUUCAACUAUAUUGUGGCAUCUUUUCUAGACCUCAAGAGCUCUGGGCACACUUUAAAUUGUGUUAGAGGCGUCGUUUAACAAAUGUUUGUCGGUAAGCAUCACUAUGAUUUUCAAUGCUGUCCUGAGCUGCCGUGCACUUUUUAUGUUCCCAACAAGGCGGACAAAGAUGUUAAAUAUGAAGGAACCGCAAUCAAGGCUAUGACACAACCAACAUAUCACAAAAAAGCAUUCUUCUGGGGAUGUGAGGUGACCCAUUUGUGUGACGAACCAAAAAUAGACGUCAGUUAAAGUACACCAACUUUCAGAAGUAAUAGCCAUUGGUGUGGGGCACAUUUUGUUUAUUUGGAAUUUUUUUUUUAUUUGACGUUUAAUUUGACAUACCCUGUAGAAGUUGCGGCAUUUAUACGCCUUCCGCACAUUAUAUUUUCAACAGAUAAAAUUUUAACAUUUUGUUUUCACAUUAUACCAACCUCUGUUUCUUUUGAAAGAACAACUAAUUGGCCACAUUUUGUUGUGUCGUAUUGCUCAAUACGCAAGUUAGGAAAAUAAAAGCGUUUGCACGAAUCCCUUGAAAAUUGCCAAUUUUUUGUGGCCAGGAAAGAGUUAAUUAGUUCGUUAACUUUUUUUAAUAAUUUUAGAUAAUCAUUGAUAAUUUUUCACAUUUCUUAGCCCAAUUUUAAAAUUGCCCGCAAAAAGGCGUGCCACCAGCCCUGCCCACAAUGACGCUUAGAGCAGUGAUGUAGUUGUUUCAGUCACAUUGUCUCUUGUGUCGUCUGCAUUCCCACCAAGGACACUGUCAAGAUAGGGACGACAUGAUUGAAACGACUAUGUCACUCUUCUAAGCAUUAUUCUUAUUGUGGGCAAGGCUUGCAGUGCACUUUUUGCUCGCAAUUUUUAAAUCUGAUUAAAAAAUUUUGAAAAUUUAUCAAUUAAUAUUUAAUGAAACAUUACAUUUCUACAAAUUCUUUUAACUGGCCUGGUCUCUAAGGGUAAUUGCCUUCAAUACUGCAAUUGCAGCAUGACCCCUUAAACCAAUUAAUACAGAAUUAAUGAAUGGAUUUCAGUUAAUUAGCCUACUCACCAUGAUGAUUAUCCUCUCAUCUAAUAUUCGCCGAACCUGAUAAAUACAUGGUGACAAUGGCACUCAUCUAACUCCCCUCCCUCUUUUUUUUCCCUUUUUUUUUUUAUCUGUUUGAAUUGAAAGCAAGCACCUUGUAUAAGUAAAAAGUGCACACUGUCAGCAUUAUCAUUGUUUUGAAUGGGAAACUCUUCAUUGAGUCACUAUUCAAACCUUGAGCAAUUCUUACUUAUUUGCUUUUCGAAGCCCAAUUCCAAUUCUCCAUUUUUAUAUAUAAACACUCGGCAGAAAUAUGAUGAGCAGGAAGUGCUGUGGUGCCAGUGUGAGGUGCAUCUGUUGAAAUUGUUUGAGUGCUCACUGAACUUGUGUUUAUUUAUGUCUGGUAGACAAAUUGCUUUUCAUUGCAAGUCUGUGUAUCAGCAGGGUGGUAGUACAGUAUGCAAAGUUUUUAACACACGUUUUUAUCCCUUCAUAAAUUGUGUAUGAGGGUAAAUGUUUUGAUGGACCUAAGAGCUUAUAUGGUGAGACGUGAAACUUGGUGACUGCAUAAUGAUUGCAUGGGUUCAUAGAACACCGUAAUAAAUCUCUGUGUGAACAACUGCUUAAAAUUUUUUAUGAAAUUGUGAUAGGGGAAGUGAUGACUGAGGCGCCCUGUUCAUUAGAAUGUGUUAACUGGUGCAGCGCCGAAAUGUGAAGCAGGAAAGGGGUAUUAAAUGCACGCCAUUGAAGUUGGGAAUAGGUAAGAUGGCAGCAUCACUUGCAGAGUUUUGGCCACUCUUUCCUCGUCAUGAUUGAGGAGGUGAACAAUUUCUGCUCCACAAUAGGAGAUAAGUCCUUGUAUGGAUAUUUUCUAGGAAAUUUAUACUAAUUCUGACACUAUUAUAUGGUUGUACAAAAAUACUAUAGUACCGUAAUGUACUGAGCAAGUGCCCACCCAAAAUUAGAGAUAAUCUUUAAAAACUGGAUGGUAAACACUUGCUGGGUUCCAGAUAGGGUGACCAGACGUCCCUUUUCGACCGGGACAGUCCCGUUUUACGGGUGCAUUUUUACCGUCCCUUUAUAUUUUCUCAACGAAGCCUCGUGUCCAGUUUUCAUGGGAAUGUGCGCAUAGUUGCGAUAUGAGUACUAUGCGAGUGGAAGGAAUCUAAAAGGAUACAUAAUACAUUUUACAAAAAUAAACAUACUAUAAAAAUGUAUUUCCCACAGAGGAAAUUUAGAGCUCUUUCUGUGUUUCUAUCUGUUAAUACAAUCUGUUUGCACAGAUGUUUGUUUGGGGGACUUUUUCUAUAUUACUAUAUGUGGCAUGCUUCGGUUUUGUUUAAAAUGAAGGACAAAGGUGCUCGUGUACUCGACUAAACAAAAAACUGGGGAAAAGUGUGCAGUGAACUGAAUAGUAACGGAGCUUGCUUUUUCUUUCGGCCCUGCUCCCCCCUCCCUUUUGGUGUCCCGUUUUCUACACUGUAGAUUAAGGUCAUUCUAGUUCCACAGUAAGGUGGACUUGACUGCUUUGCUUCAGUGCACGUACGUCAGACUUUACUUCUUCGCACCAGCAUGCUUGAAAAAGCGGCUGAUGCAGAGAAGCAUCUCGGUUUGCUAGGCAGGCUUAGCCGUUUGGGGUGGGCACUUGACACUUCCUUGGCUCACUUUUCAAACAUUUAAAAAGUUGCCGGUGGGCGCUUGCUGUGACAUGGGUGCAUGCUCGGUAUUUUACGGUAUAUAUGCAACAGAAUUUGGCACAAGAUAUCAAUGUAAAAGCGUUUGAGUUUAAUUGCUAGUAGUUUUCUCUCUUCUCAACUAGGUCCUUAUAUUGCACAUUAAGGAAGAAAACGUAGGAAAUAUUGUCUCUGCUUCUUAAAAGAAUGCCGAUUUCAUGCUUUUACUGCCAAUAUUUGUGAUUUUAUUUUUUUUCUUGGUUUUUGUUUUGAGUUUUCGAAUUCCUGCAGUAUCAGAUGUGCUCGUAUUUGUGUUUUUUUUACUGGUAUAAAAAGGUGUAAGCUUCAGGACACACACUGUCCCAUAGCAGCUCAAAAAAGAAUGGUGUUGAAUUUGCUCACACUCUUAAACAAUUUUUGUGAUUGUGACAAAACAUGGUUAAAGGAACUCGUCAGAGGUGAUAAAAAACUGAUUUUCUACUAUGAACUUUCUCAAAGCAUCAAGAAUCCUGGCGUUAUUGGAAAAACAUUUCAGUAAUAAAAAUUUAAUUUUGUCGGACCAAAAAAAACUUUUUUAGUAUAGAUUACGGCAGUGUUUGUGUACUACUAAAUGGUAAUUGAAGUUACAUCCACCUUGCAUAUCAAUAACAGUUUUGCCAUAAAUUCCCCAUCGGGCAACGGAAGCAAAAUCGCAGUGUGGUGUGAACAUCUUAACAAUGUCUGUAAUGCACGCAAGCUUAACGGUUGGCUGAUACUUUCGUAGUGCGUUAUGUAUCGUCAGGUGACCUAUUUCUUUUUUCUGAAAAAUACAAAUUUAUUAGACAAGUACUGCAAGCAACUUAAUUUUUGCGAGGACCUCAUUUCGGGAAAUUUUUAUUCGCAAAAAAGCGGUCACCCGAACAAGUCGGGCAAGUGUCGAUAUUUCAGAACCAAUAUUGACGCUCUGCACCAGUCAGCAUUAGCAAAACUAUAAACGCGCAAAAACACAUUCAUAAGAUCACACCUGAUUGUGAGCAGGUCCCUAUCAAUAUAAAAAUAAGCCUUGUUCGAACACGUGCCUACCUGAACAAGUUUAUUCCAUACCUUCACUGGCUUUCCCCCUGGCGAAGUGUACCGUAAUACCCCGAGAGAUAGCCCACCCAAAAACGAAAGCAAAUCGGGUGAAAAUAAGGAAAACUAACUUUCAAUGUGCAAUGAAGAAAAAAAAAAAAUUAAAAAGUGCUAGUUUUAGAUUUUGCGACCUGCGAAGCUUGUCAUCUCAGGGAUGGGCGAUGAACCAAAGAUGACUGUCCUUCCCAGUCAGCAAUGUUUGCUUAUCUUCCGCCCUAGCUAAGUAACACCAUUUGGGGUCACCAUUAGCCAGGGCCCUGCAAUAGACCCUUUCCGAAAUUGUGAAAUUAAACAAAAGAUUAUGCGUACCCUCAUCGCUUCCAGCGUGUAGCCCGUGAUUGGUUCCGAGUUUGCGCCGCGCAAUGACGCAGCACUUGUGUAGAAUGCUUUUCGAUUCGAGUACACUCCGAAUGCUGACGAAGCACUCUUGUCCAAUGUGUGCUGAUAGUGCAUGACCAACUAAUGGCGGCCGUACAUAAUCUAUACCAGGGGUCUCAAACUCGCGUUAGAAGCCGGGCCGCAUCCAGAAAUCUUAGGUUCGCAAGGGUCGGCAUGUCGGGAGCGGGGGGGGGGGGGGGGGGGGGGGUUGGAUUUGUAUUCGUCGCUAUUAGGAAGUCUGUGACGUCCGGUUUCUGAUUUUGACCAACACGGGGUUCAUGCCAGAUACCAUCGCCGCUUUUGACAACAGUCGAAAUCUGCACCAACCAUGCUACAACUCAUUGCCGCAAAGUUUACCUGCGUAAUUUAUGUUGCAAUUCGCAGUAUUACAAAGGUAAUGUCCAAAACAAUAUAUGAAGGCCAAGAUAUAUUUAUUCAUGUGAACCACAAAUAUGGGAGCUAAAAUUUGAUGAACACUGGCUUGACACCUGACAACGCUUAGCGGCGACGAGAAAAUCAAUAAAUCAAUGCCCGCUUUCAACCCUUGUGCGGAGACGAUCCUUAUGUUCGAUCGCAGAUGUUCGUCGGUCCAUCCUUGACCGAAGCGUCGACUUGUUCACCUUUAGCAAGGAAAACAGUUGCUCGCACAAGUAUGUGCUCCCGAACAUGGCGAUUAUUCUUACUGCUUGUUGGCACAGCGAGGGGAAGUUUGCCUCGUCGAGGAACUUGUAGAACUUCGGGACUCCGACAUCCUCAAACUUCUGCUUGAGUACAGUGUUUGCUUGCAGUUCAGGUGCAACGUCGUCCACUCGCACUGAGAAGGGCAAAGUAAAACGUUUAUAUUCUCUUGACAGCUUGCUCACGUCCUGGAACCGUUCUUGGAAUUCUUGUUGGAGAUCACGCAGGAGGUCCGAAAAGGUGUCGCACGAUUCUUGGCUUGCGUGCCCUAGUGACUGGAGCUUCAGAAAAUGGUCGAGUUUGAGCAGCCUCAUUUGGCGCUCCCAGAAAUGCCUGGAUGUUAUCGUACAUUGUCGUAAUAAGUUUGUCCUUCCCCUGAAGUUUCUCAUUUAGACGGCUCAGGUACUCGGUGAGGAAUGUGAGGGAGCAAAGCCAGCUGGAGUCGGACAGUUCAGCGACGGCUUUGUUUUUGCUUUUCAAAAAGGUAUCAAUCUUGUGUCGAAGAUCAAAAAACCUCUUCAGAACUUUCCCACGACUCAGUCACCGUACCUCAGUGUGGUACAAAAUUUCGCUAUGCUCGCUGCCAAUCAUCUCCAACAGAGAUACGAAAUGUCGAUGGUUUAACACUCUGGAGCGAAUCAAGUUUACUGCAUCAAACACAAUGUCCACGACUCCUUUCAUCUGCAGUGACUUGCUGCACAGUGCCUCAUGGUGUAAAAUGCAGUGGACUGCUGCAAACCGCUUGCUGAUAUCCAGUCCAGUGAGUUUCGUCCUCAAUCGUCCGACAAGGCCGCUUUUCUCUCCUACCAUUGACGGUGCGCCGUCGGUUGCGAGGCACACCAACUUCUCCCAUGGCAGCCCGGCACGAUCAACCACUCUUUCGAUGGUGGAAACAAUAUCAGCACCUGUGGUUGUUCCUUUCAUUGGAACUAGAUCCAAGAGUUCUUUUGCGACGUCCAAAUUUUUGUUUACGCCCCUUUCAAAAAUGGCGCACUGAGCGUUGUCGGUAAUAUCGGUGCUUUCGUCGACGGUGAUUGAGAAUGCGUUGAAGCCGUUGCAUCGGGCGAAUAAUUCUUUCUCAACGUUUUAACUGAGCUCAUUAAUUCUUCCUGCCCCUGUGUUUGGGGAAAGGCUUAUCUUCUCAAAUGUCUUCUUCAUGCUGGGACAGACAGCAUCAGCAACCUCAAGGAGGCAUUUUUUUAGGAACAGGCCAUCAGUAAAUAAAUGGCUUGGGCGAUUUGGCGAUAAGCUCGGAAACAAAAAAGCUGGCUCUCACCGUUUCGUCGCUUGUUUUGACCGCCUUGUGGAAGAGGUCUUGCUGUUUUCCCAGGGACGCCUUAAGUUGGGACACAGUGAUCUCGUGGAUCUUUCCGACGAGGGCUUCAUACUUCUUUUGAUGGCAUGACAUAAAGUGACGUCGUACAUUAUAUUCCUUUGGCACAGCUACUACAGUCUGACGACGAAUCAAACGCAACACCUUGUCUCGCGCUUCCGUGAAGAAAUAGGAUAGUUACCAUCGCUCUUGAAAGAGCCGCUUCUCGUCUUCACCUUUGCAUUUUGCAGACGGCUUGGACAACGACAUCGUGAUGUCUGCUUAAGAGUCGACGUCGCAAAACUGAAUCGUUGAAACAGAACGCAACAACCUGUGCUGAUCAGUGCAAAUCUCGGGUGCACAACGCCACCGUCAACCGAAGAUCACUCUGGGCGUGGAGAGGGGUGAUCGCAUUGAGGGUAAAAUGCUUUUCCAAGAGCUUGAAGGGAAGCAUACAACGAUGGAAUCAAUCCACCAGUUUCGACUGAGAUAAACUUGGGUGCAAAGGAUAAGUGAAGUGAUAAUGAACACAAAAGGGUGGUUGGGAGAGUUAACCCAACGCUUUGACGAGGUUAUACUCCGUUCACCCCGAAGCUGUCAGUGCGCUGGUGGCUACGUGUUCGCCGGACCAAUCUUGUCGCUUGACCUCGCUCAACGCGCACGAGUUCGCGGAGACGCAGUGGUCACAUGGUUCAAGGCCGACAGUUGAGUGGCCCAGCGAGCGUGCAGCUUCCACCGCACUGUCAGCUUAGGGGUGAACGGAGUUAGGAAGAAGGUGGGGUGGAAUGGAGGGUGAGAUUAGUUGCCCCGGAUGCGCCAUCCGCAUAUGUGAAGGUGUGGACCAGGAUUAUAGGAGGCUAUGCUUCGACACUCUGCGCCAAGGACUCUUGGAAGCCCUUUGCCAACGCCUCGGCUACUCCGUCCGGUUCGACUAUCUAUUUUUAACCAAAAGCGGCCCUCUCUCUUGCACAGACGCUAUCUCAUGACACUGCGCUCUACGUUUGCGCCAUGUAUACUGGCAUAUGGUCAAAGUCGAACAGCUUGGAUUUUUAUAUUUUAGCAAGCUUUUUACACACUCGGGGUGCGCGAACGUGAAGACAUAAUGAAAAAAAGCCAAAAUUAAAUUUAAAAAAAGAAAAAAUUUAUUUAUGCUUGGCUGCGCGGGCCGCAAGAAACCACCGCGCGGGCCGCGUGUUUGAGACCCCUGAUCUAUACAUUGUUUCAUAAUUUCGAAAAGGGUCUAUUACAAAAAAUGGGCUAUCUUUUGGCGUUUCUGAAAAAAGAGUGUGUCAUACCAAAAAUAGUGGGUUAUCUUUCGGGGGUGGGGCAUCUCUUGGUAUGUUAAAGUAGUCUGAUUGUAUUGUGUCUUUAUUCUUCUAUACGAGCCCUUGAGUGUGGCUGCUACAAUCGUAUUUUAUUUACUAGUGCAAAAAAAAUGUCACCUGCAGUCUUGCUAUCCUGCAAAUCAGGCGGUCCCAGGAUGUGAUGGAGAUUGGCUGUGGUCUCCGCAACUGGUUUGAAGUAGGUGAAAGCAAUGUGGGAGGUCAACCCCUUCUUUGUCUUGGAAAAGGCGUUGGGAAGCUAGGCAAUUGCUUAUGCAAGAAAAUGUGCCGCACUGAGCUGAAGUUUGUUCACUUUUUAUAUGUUUGCUUGUAACUACAGUGACGGUGGUCACAAGCAGUUUGUAACCUAAAAUCACCUGGUUGGCUACAGUGCUCUAGGCCCUAUGGCUGCAGGCCAUUCAUUCUUUUCAGAAGUGGAUUCGAGGAUGAGGUUAGUGAAGCACAUGGAACAGAGUCAGUGGGAACGCUAGUCUGUCUUUUGGCCUUCCCGAGAUUGAUACUGAGGUGGUUUUCCAUCCCGGUAUCAUUCUCAGCAAGGCCACCUGUCAAAAUUUAGUAAAAUAUUCCAACAUUCUAGCUUGGGCCAAAUUUGCAAAAUAUCAAGCUUGCAAAAAAAUAAAGUUGGUUACAGUAUUUUAUGUUGAUUAUUGGAGAUGUCAAACACACUCUGCCAAUGCCCUUUCAUGUUGUUUGCAGCACUAAGAUAUGCAAUAGGCGACUAAUCACGCUAGACUUGGUGACACUGUGUCGCUGUGUUGGAUGUUAAAUUUAUCUUUUGUAGCAAUGACAGCUUAGUACAUCGCUUCAAUACUUGCUGCUAUGUAUGUGGGCAUGCAUGCCUCUGUGGCAUGGAUAGAAUUUUCCUCUUUAGUUUUCCUUACAAAAAAGUCGCUGGCUUUUGUUCUUUGCUGGGGGAACAUUGUGUUGAAUGACAAAUUAACACUUCAGUACAUUAGCCUGUGCCUUGAAGAUGAAAGUGAAAAUAUACAGGCGAGCUGGUGAAUUAACUCCGUAAUGAAAAACCUGAGACUAGGAAUAGAUAAAAUAACAGACAAGCACACACACUGUUGGACGGUGUGUGUGUGCUUGUCCAUUGUUUUUAUCUAUUUCCAGUCUGUUUUUUUUUAUUAUGGAGCCUUGAAGAGUAGCUGUUUGUAUUACCGUAACCACAGCAGUUUGAUACACUGCACAUAACGUCGUACUUCCACAUGUCUCGUGCAUUUUAUAUGGAAGUAUUUCAUUUUAGAUUGUUUUGUAAUCUGCAGCUUCGAUAGCUUUUGUACUGAAUGAUGUCAUUGUUUAAUUUUUUUUUUUCUUAGAACAAUGCUUUGAUAUUGUUCUCGGUGUUUAAUGGUGGCAACUCGGCAUAUAAUGGAUGCUUUUUAUGUUGUCAGGCUGGUAUUCUUCCAGAGUUUGCAUGUAAUUAAUUAUUUUCUGGUUGAUGUGCAGGUUGCGUUUGUUGAAAUAUGCCUACUGUAACUAGCUACUUUCUCUAGUGCAUCGGUGCAAGCACAGAAUGUGGUUUCUAUUUUUACAUGUCAAGCUGUUAGUAUGCCAAGUAGUUUUCUACUCAGCCUAAUAUUUCUAUCCCCUUGUACAUACAAAUAAUAUGUGCAAGUAACGUGCAUAUGGCUACCCUAAAAAUGGGGCAGAUUACUUGCAUUUCUUAUUUCAUGUAUUUGUCUACACAACUUGUAUUUCAAUCAAAUAAAGUCAGUUUGAUGUUUCAGGCUUGUUAA